AUGGCAGCCUAUUUCCUCAAAAGAUUUAUUGCGUUCAAUGCACUCAAAGUAUCAACCAUUCGAUGUGCUGACAAUAGAUGGAAAGCUCCAACUCUUCUCGACCUUGCUGUAGUAGGAAUAGAUGAUGUAUCUCAAGCAUUCUUGGUGUCAGAUGAACUGAUGAAUCAGCUCCAAUCAUAUGUCGAGCACCCUGUCAUGUACUGCUUGGACGAACAUCAACACCUUUGGAAAGAUGGAGUCGAGAACUCUUCGUUUGGCAAGGCAUUCACCAUUGAAGCUGGACCAUGCUCUGGUGCUCGCACCAUUCUCGUUGUUUCUGGAUCUGCUCAUUCAAAGUUCGAACACAACCUCCCCUCUGGAAUGUCAAGCUGGAUUCACAGAGUUCUUCCUUUCAGUGAAGCCUCAUUCAAACAAGUCAUCGAGGAUGAGAAGAGUGGCCUUCACAUUCGAGAGGAUUGGAGAGAUGAUCAAGAUGCAAUAGAUAGGCUUGCGGAAAUCACUGGACGUAUUCCACGAGAGAUACAGGAAAUGCAUGAUCAGAUGUACAUAUUCUCCACACCAGAGAGUUUCCUUGAUUCUCGCAAGAAGUUGUACACAGACGAAAUCAACAAGUAUAUAACAGACUCAGAUCACGACAGAAGAGAAGAUUAUUAUCGAUUCUUGGAUGUCUUCUUCUCUCGAGUUGACAAAAUGGACAUUCUAACUGCCCCUUCAACUCUCUGUGACACUGGCCUUGUCUUCUUUGACAGCAGAGACAAUGUCUACCACUCAAUCUGUAGAGGAGCAUUUCUUGCGCUCCACAACAGCUAUUGGAUGUUCCGUGGAUUCCCUACAAUGGCUUCAUUGGGUGACACCGCUCUUGGUUCUCAAUUCCAAACAUUGGUCGAGAGAGCAUUCAAGAUUCGAUCGUUCUCAGAGCCUAUUCGUGGAUUCCAUCUUGUCAGCUCUCCACAGAAGCCAAAGAAAGGGAGAUCAAAGAAGACAGAACAACCAAAGUUCGCACCCAUUGACAUUCCUUUACCUUUGAUUGGAAGAACAGUGUAUAUCAAAAAGAGAGAUCACAAACUCGAGGUCCCUCGUCACUAUGGUAUGAACACUCUCUACAUCCCAUCUGCUGGCAACUUUCCUUCUUGGGACUUCAUCAUCUACAAUCCCACAACCAACUCGAUCUUCUUCAUUCAAACCUCCCUCUCUACAAUCCAAGCUUACGAAACCUCAAGUCCAAUGGCUCAAUCAUUCAACACAACCGAUGUCAAAAACAUUGCCUCCAUCACUGAAUCGAUCACUGGAAAGACUUGUGUUGCUCAAAUCGAUGGAAGUGAAAUGCGUCUCGUCAGCGAGGGAUUGAAAUCCUAUUUCAUAUACAUCACGUGGUCUUCUUUGGAACAACAACGACCAGAGUUCAACAACCUCAUUAUAUUUGACAAGAGUGUUUGUCACACAUUGAACAUCCAUCUCGAUCAGUUAUCGAAUGUAUAUAUCAACUUUAUUUCAUCCAAACCUUCGCUGAUGAGUUGCCUCAACGUCAUCUCUCACAGGCCACCCUCAGCCAACCAAUGUGUACAGAAUAAAUUCGUUGUUCAAUCAGCAUCUCCUCAUAUCAUGAUCUUCAACCCUCUAAAAUAUCAUUUGCAUUCACAUUCCUAA